AUGAAAGAAUUCAUUUGUUCAACGAUUGAACGUAAUGUUGUAUUAAAAUGCAUUCGCGAUCAUAAACGAUUGGAUUGCCGCACGAUCGAUGAAACUCGUUCAGUUAAUAUUGAUUUUCGUUCACAUCCUGGCUGUGUUUCCGUUAGACUUGGUCAAACAUGUGUUAUUGCGCAAGCAUCAUGCCGUAUAACUAAACCGAAAGAAUCGCGUGCAUCGGAAGGAAAUAUUCGUAUUCAUAUUGAUAUGUCGAAAAUUCCAUUAAUGAAUUUAGAAAAUUGGAAACAUCAAGAAUUUGUUCAAGAAUUAAAUGGUAUUCUUGAACAGAAUAUUCGCCAUUCGAAUUGUGUUGAUUUGGAAUCAUUGUGUAUUAAUUCAGGAGAAUUAGUAUGGGCUAUUAAAAUUGAUAUUACCGUACUAAAUAAUUGUGGGAACAUUUUGGAUUGUGCUAAUAUUGCAACACUAUGUUCAUUAUAUCACUUUCGUCUACCGGAAGUAACUGUACAUGGAUCAGAUAUUCGAGUGUAUUCAUCUAUGGAACGUAGAGCUCGUCCGUUACGUAUUCUGCAUUUUCCGAUCAAUGUCUUAUUCGCUUUCUUUGUGGAUGGACGAUAUACACUGAUUGAUCCCAGUUCGGAUGAAGAACGACUUAUGGAUGGCUUCCUUUCUAUUUCAAUGAAUCAACACAAGGAAAUUUGCGGAAUUCAUAUGGGUGGAAAAUUGGGUUUAAAAAAGGAACAAGUUGACUUAUGUAAAAAACUUGCUUUUAAGAAAAUACUCGAAUUAACUGAUCGUAUUCGACAAGUAGUAACUGAUUAUUAUAAAAACAAUGAACCAACUAUACAUACUCAACCAUCGAUUGUACGUAUUGAAGAUGGUGAGGAUAGUAGUAGUGAAAGUGAAAGUGAAGAUUCUGUUUUAAUCAAAACCGACAUGUCUCCAUCACCAAUGGAAACCAACGUUUCACUUUUACUUAUGCCAUCUCUUGAUCGUUUAUCAUUAAGCGAAGAUAAUCCAACAAUCACAGCUACGGUUGUCGAUAAAUCGACAAGUAAGCUAGAAAAUGACGACGAACAAGACAAUGAAUGA